CACUAUUACAUUCACUUACAUUUGUCAAUCAUGCAAUACCCUUUUUUUUGUAAAUUAAUUAAAAUACAUAAAUACACUUUAAAAAACAAUGACAACAAAAACCUCUAUUUCAGAUAGUUCAUGCUGAAAAAGGAAUCAGGAGGGGCUGCUAGCUGAUUUUCCCAGGGAGGUUCUCGCUGAGAGUGGGACGCUGGUUGGACUAGCAGUUAAGCCGUGUGCACCAUGGAUGGAGGCUAUAGUACUUGAAGCGGGUGGCCUGGCCUCCACUCUAACCCUUGGCUAAUUUACUUCAUGUCAUACUCUUUCUCCCUGAUAUCCUACUCCGUUCACUGUCCCAUACAAUAAAGCCCCCCCCCCCCCAUCAUAUAUAUUUACACAUAAAUGAAAUGAGCUUCCACAGGACAUUUCAUACUUCUAUGUACAUCUAAAAGACGGCCAUGUUCUUCUUGCCUGUACUGUUGUUCUGUUCUUUCAGUUUCAGAGGUCUGGCUCCCUCUGGUGGUCUGUUAUGGCUUUCUUGCUGGUUUCUUGGAGCCUGUCCACCUAGCUGUGAUUUCUGACUGGCUGCACCUGGGUGGAAGGGCAGAGUCUCUCUCCAUGGUUUUUGUGUUUGUUGUUUUGGAAUAGAUAGAUUAUUACUGAAAUGCAAAUGUACAGUUUGGACCGCCCUUUACUAUUACGGCCUAAACGAGGUGGUUAUCAUCACAUCCUACACACACUGAUUUCAAGUGAGAAACAGACAUAUACACCAUGAGAGGUUUUUGAAAAGAAGGAGGACUUGUCUACAGCAGUGGUUGUCAACUGGUGUGGGUCGAGAGCUGCAACCUCCGGUGUUGAAAAGUCCGGAUAUUUACAGAGAAAUGAUCACCCCCAACUUUGUCAAUGCCAUCCACGAUUACUGUGACGAGAUUGGGUGGCAUGAGAUCUGGUGGAUUUCUGACAUUUUCUUUCUGUUCACUGGGGUGUUGGCUAACACCGCCCUGCUUUGGCUGUUUCUGCAGGAGAGGAAACCACUGUCUGCCUCACAGGUUCUAGGUGUGAAUGUUGUUGUGAUGGAUCUUAUCUACCUGUCUAUAAUGCCCAUUAGGUUAUUUUUUGAUGCAAAGAUGAUGAAAGAAGAGAACAAAACAAGACAAGACUUUUCCCUGACCGGGCCACAUGACAACGUUACAAAUCCUUGGGAAACAGCAACAGAUGUCUUCAAGAUAUUCAACCUGAUUGGCUGUCCCCUGCUGCUGUCCUGUAUGUGUAUUGAGCGCUACCUGGCCGUUAUUAAACCUGUGCUGUAUCUGAAAGUCAGGAAGUGGGAGUACCGAAUGGCUGUUUCUGCUGUGGUGUGGGUGAUCACCUUAUCCUUCUGCAUGGCUUCAGCCAUAGUGGAAGAUAUGACUGUCAUGAUGGCUCCGGUUUCCAUCACGGUGUCCUGCCUCUUCAUCCUGAUGCUCGCCUGCCUUUGUAGCAUGAUCUGGUCACUGAUGCAGCAAAGCCCCGCCCACACCACGUUGGGAAACCAAGCCUGCUCGGAGCCCCCCCUAAAGAGACAGGCAGUGUGUAAUGUUUUGGUUGUGGUGGUGCCAGCAGUGAUAUCUUACCUCCCAGUCCUGCCAAUGGUUCCCUUGCUCGUCUACAUACAAUAUCGUAAGGCUUUGGGUAUUGAGGUGUGUAAUGUUUUUGAAUUGUCUGAGUUGUUUCCAAGGUUCGGUGUGUUCAUAGGUCCACUGUUCUAUCUCUCCAGGGCUAGAAAAAUGUGCUGCCUCGUUAGCUUCAAACCUUCACGCAAAAAAUGAUGUUAUGGGAAGUUUAGACAAGGAUUUGUAAUAUGAUCAAGACACGACUGCUCGGUUUCGAUUAUUUUAUUCCUAGGGCUCCCCCCCUAUUUAGAAGAUAAUCUACCAAAACAUAGAUGUUGAGACUUAAAGGAAACAAUUGCCAACUAUAUGUGAACAGUGAGAAGCAGUGUAUUCUGUCCGUCCAUCCAUUAUCUAUCCCACUUUUACCGUUUGGGCUCAUGACGGGCUGAAAGCCGUUUACAAGCUGUCAUUGGGCGAGAGGCGGGGUACAGUCUGGACUGUCUGCCAGUUAAUCACAGUGCCACUGUAUCCUGUGCAAAACUUAAUAAUUACUGGAGGCUGGGUCAAAAAUGGAUACAGUAUAGUAUAGCGAUAUUUUGUGUGGCGAUAUUAUAUAUGGCGGCCAAGUAUGGAUAUUUUUAAUAUGAUAUUUAGGAUAAGCUUUUUACAUUUUUAACUGCUGAAGGGGUUGCACAAUUAAUUUUGAACAACUUGCAUUGUUAAGAAUUCAUGUUCAAUUAGACUGAAAUACAAA